UUAAGUCUUUGGUCAUACUCAUUCAUACAUGCUAAAUUGUAAAUAAACCAAGGGAAAUAAUAUUCUUGAAAGCCAAACUCAUUAGAGUAGAGCUUAGAAGAAGAAAAAAAAUGGAGGAUGAUAAAGAUGUAGGAGGAGAGGUGAAGUAUAGAGGUGUAAGGAAGCGACCUUGGGGGAAGUAUGCGGCUGAAAUUCGUGACUCUAAUAGGCAUGGUGCUCGAGUUUGGUUGGGUACGUUUAAUACUGCUGAGGAAGCUGCUAGGGCAUAUGAUCGAGCUGCUUAUAACAUGAGAGGUCAUUUGGCUAUUCUUAAUUUUCCGAGUGAGUAUAACAUGCCUCGCGGUGGUUCAUCUUCUAGGGGAGGUUCUUCAUCAUCAUCAACAUCAAGGAAUAUGGUGCAAGAGAGAGGCAAAGAAGUUUUUGAAUUUGAGUGCUUGGAUGAUAAGUUGUUGGAAGAAUUGCUUGAUUAUGAUAAUAAUAAAAAUGGCGGGAUGAAAUAAUUUGAGGUGGAUGUUUUAGCAGAGGUAGCUGAACCUUCCCUUGCAUGCAACACAGACUUACAUACAUUUAUGAGUUUGAGCAAUGCAAGGUGGUGUAAUUGCACGUAUGACUAAAUUCUAAUGUAAUAUCUCUCUCAUUUCCAAAUGUCUUUCUCAUUCAAGUUUCUGACCUACCUUUUUCUUCCUUUGAGAUCUUAUUUAUUCGAUAAUUUAUGCAACAUAUGUAUUAAUCUAAUUAAUAAUCAUUAUUUUGCUUCCUUCAUCUUU